AUGCGCUCGAUCUUUGCUGCGCUCGCCGCGAUGGCGGUGACCGCCGUCAUGGCCUCGGACGUCGUCGUGCUCACGCCCGAGAACUUUGACGAGGUCAUCGAUGGCUCCAAGAACGUCUUGGUCGAGUUCUACGCGCCGUGGUGCGGCCACUGCAAGCAGCUCGCGCCGACGUGGGAGACGGUCGCGACGUCCUUCAAGAACGUUGACGACGUCGUUGUCGCCAAGAUCGACGCCGACGAGCACCGCGACUUGGGCGAGAAGUUUGAAGUGACGGGCUUCCCGACGCUCAAGUUUUGGAACAAGGGCGCCAAGUACCCGGAUACGUACACGAGCGGUCGUGGCGAAGACGAAUUGGUGGCUUUCUUGAACGAGAAGGCUGGCACGAACGUUCGCGUCGCCAAGCCCUUCUCGCACGUCGCUGCCUUGACCGAAUCGGACUUUGCGUCGGUCGCGCAGGACCCGACGAAGCACGUCUUGGUCGAGUUCUACGCGCCGUGGUGCGGCCACUGCAAGCAGCUCACGCCGACGUGGGAGUCGCUCGCCAACAUUUACGCUGGCGAGGAGAACGUGGUGAUUGCCAAGGUCGACGCGACGGCCACGGGCGACCUCGCGUCCAAGUUUGGGGUCUCUGGCUACCCGACCAUCAAGUACUUUGGCACGGGCGCUUCCGAGGCCGAGGACUACGGCUUUGGCCGCGAACUCCAGGAGUUUGUCGACUUUGUCAACGAGAAGGCCGGUACGCAGCGCACGCCCGAGGGCGGCUUGCUCCCGACGGCCGGCCGCGUCGAGGCCAUCGAUGUGGUUGUCGGCGCCGACGGCGGUGUCUCCAAGACGACGCUCGAGUCGGUCGAGAAGAUCGUCGAGGGCCUCUCGGGCGACGAGCUCAAGCACGGCAACUUGUACGUCAAGGCCAUCAAGAAGAUCCUUGCCAAGGGCUCGGCGUACGUGACCAAGGAGAUUGCUCGCCUCGAGAACAUGCUCAAGGACGACAACGUGACGCCGCAGAAGAAGACGCUCUUCCUCCUCCGCAAGAACAUCCUCGAGGCGCUCAAGGCCGAGGCGUAAGCGCCCGCUGAAGGUAUUCGAUGUCAUAACAUACAAUCGAAUAAUCUGCCAACUAUGUCAGUAUGGACUUGAAUCUGUCCUGCUCAACAAGAGUG